AUGAAGGGGGCGAAAGAGAUUAUUCUGUGUUUUUUGUUCGUGAGUGUAAUCCACUGCAAUAUGAUACAAGUUUACGACUUUUCAACGCCGAAAAGCCCGGCUUAUCACAUUCACGCUCGGAAGCUUCUAGAAUUGUGUUUUCCGAACGAAUUGAACCCGGUGAUGAUUUCUGUGGAGUUGAUGGACUUGGUGUACGAAAUUCAAAAGAAUGAAACUAUCGAUUCGUCCAUCAUUGUUAUUGACAACGAUUUCAGUUCAAAGGUCAUGAAUCAAUACUACACACGACAUCCUAGUUAUCUGAUAACAGCUGAAUCAAUGGACAGACUGCAGGACACCCUUCAGGAAAUGAAAUCAUCGACCAUUUGGAAUACAGCGUCAGUAAUUGUUGCUGUUGGAAAAGAUUGUGUUCGGGCAUCGGAAAUUCUUCAGGUGAUCUGGAAGAUGGAGGCGUUGAAAUCUUAUUACAUUUGUCAGCAUGAGUUGAUGAGUGACGAAAGCCUCGUCUAUACCUUUAACCCCUACACGCAAAGGGCGCCAAAACAGUGGGAACAGGUAGAAACAGAAGAUCAACCAGAUGACAGAUGGACGCUCUAUCGGCAACACCUUAAAAAUGAUCAACGCAUCUGUUCCAGUGUGACAUUCGACAAGACCCAUUCUCUGGAUAGAUAUUCUCUAAAAGGUUAUAAGUAUGGCUACUACGAUAAAGUUUUUAAAGGUAAAGUUUCACCCGAGGCAUAUCACGAAGAACAAGAAAUUGAACAUUUUAUUCACAACGAACUGUUUACGGCUCUAAAUGUCACACCAAUAAUUUAUUUAAAAAAUUUAAUUCAUGGUCAUUUCAAUCAAAAUUUAAAUUUACUUAAAAACGGUACGUAUGACAUGAUUUUAGAAAUCGUGGAUACCCCGAAUGACGAUGAUUCUAAAAUUUUAGAUAUCAUUUCUAUUUAUGUUCAAAACGGUUUCAUGAUAGUAACAAAAAAACAAAAUACGAUUCCAGCUUUAACUGAAGUGACUAAUGAUUCCUUUGCUUAUGAAACUUUAACAAUAUCAGCAAUAUUUUUACUUAUUAUAUUCGUAAUUAUUUUGCUAAACUCUCGGUACAAUUUUGCAGCAGCACUAAUAGAUCUUUGGUUACUUAUUCUUGGUAUGGAGAUAUUAACUUCCAUAAAUCGGUUAUUGAUACGGAUUACUUUUUUGAGCGCAACGUUAUUUGUUUUUAUUGUCGGCCCGGAGCUUCAGAGUCAGUUUACAUCAGUGAUGACCAUUCCGAGCGUAGAAAAAAAUAUUGAUACGUUAGAUGAAUUGCAUGAUAAUCGUUAUGAUGUGUAUUAUUUCGAUUACCAAACUUUGGGAGAAAUUUGGGAAAAUAACAUAUUCAAUAAGUACUUACAUUUGAUACCCGAUCUUGAAUCCUGCAUUGAAAAGCUUCAUGAGAAUUCAACUGCUUGCAUAAUACCUGACUAUAUGCUCGAAAAAAUUAAGAUUGCUGAUCUUCACAUAUCGAAAGAGUCUUUCUCUAAAAGCUAUCUUUGGUUGACAACACGGAAAAAUUUUCCGCUAAAAGUCAAAAUCGAUAAAACUGCCAUGAAUUUAAUUGAGGCUGGUUUUAUAAACUAUUUUGAGAGAAUAAAUCGAUUGGAGCGCCAAUUAAAGACGCAAAAACUAAUUAAUAGAAUUGAGGCUUAUGAGCAAUGUGAGUUUUUAGAUUUACCUAACUUUUCAUCUUUUUUGUGGUGUCUCACGAUCGUUAUACUUGUUUCAUUUUCCGUCUUUUUAGUCGAAUUAGUAUGUAGAGUCAGAAAGUAUAGAGGAAAACGAUUGCAAAAAUUGAAAAAGAGAAUUCAAAGAAAUUGUCAGAGAAUUGCGACCCUUUUUAGACAAUUUGCAACGCAUAAUCGCAAUAGUAAUACUACAUUUGCACGGAUAGAAAAAUAUCGUUAG